AUGGGAGCAAGCGAGUCUAAACACUCGGGCUCUUAUUACGGCCCUGGCAAAGGAUGGGACUAUUCUGGCCAAGGCAAGCCAGCUCCUGGUCAAGUACCCGUCUACUACGGAUCCCCAGGCUGGGAUGGACAAGGCGGUCCGAAUAACAGUGGCCAAACCUAUGGCCAACAGGCUUAUGGCAACCCAGCAUACGGUCAAAGUUAUGGCCAGAACCUCGCACCACCGAAUCCUCCGCCGUAUCCCCAACCCCCUCAAGGAUACGGACAGCCCCCUCCAGGGCAACCGAUGUACGGACAACGUCCCCAGAGCUCAAGUGGCCCGCCUCCCCAUGGCUACGCACAGCACAGCCCACAACCGCGUCCUCAAAGCUAUCCUCCCCCGAACGCGCCACCACAGUCUCACCAGAUGGCACCAGACAGGCCGUUUGGUCUCUUUGCUUCCGACUUUAUGAUCUUCCUCGACGGGAGUAGCAGCAACAAGACCAUGACUAUCGGGAGACACCCCGGCGAUGUACAAUACCGCGCCGACAUUAGCUUCGGUGCACACCACAAGAUGCAACUCUUUCGAAUGAACGGCAUGAAUCAGAUGCUGAUUGCUGGAGCAAAGGGAGUGGGCUUCACCGGCAGCAGGAUCAAUGUCAACUGGGCAGACGGGCGCUCCACCGAGAUGAAGUCUUCAGACCCAAGCAAGAUCAAGUUUGACGUUGGCGGCAACACUUUUCUAUGGGUCAAGGCGGAGAAGAAGGAAAUCAGCGGCAUUCUUGGUAGAGAAGUGGGCAAGGGCUUCAAGCUUGUGCGCCAAGGCAUGGAAGAAGAGGCACUCGCCAUCUUUAGCCAGUCGGCCAGGUUUGAAUAUUCAAAGUCCUCGGGCUGGUUCUGCUUUGUCGGCCGUGGGGCAUCAGGGCAGAUGGGAUCGGACUGGGCCAACAUGGCGGUCUUGGCCAUGCUCAAAUUGUGGCAGAUCAAGGCACUGUCCAAAUUUGCUGAAAUCACCGGAGAAGGGAUAGGCGCGGUAGCGGGAGCUGUUGGCGGAGGAUGA